UUAGUCAACGAAACACAACCUGAGAUACUGAUAGUUCUAACGAAGAAACACCUGGAGUUUGGGCUCGCUUCAAAAACCACAUGGGAGCAAAUUGAUACUGCCGAAGAAGAAGGAACCACAGCCCAAGACAAAGAAGGGGAAGAAGGCGAAAAUGAGGAAAGUGAAGAAUAA